AUGUGGUUUACAUCACAGAAGGAGUUGUAUGUGUAUGAUAUUCGAGUAACGCACGAUUCAUCCUCCAGCACCUCGACCUCACUGGUUCCUGACACGCCACUACCUCCGCGGUUAUCAAUACCAAACGCCCCGAACUCUAUAGACGAUGUGCAAGCUAUUUCGUCAUGGCAGGGUUUGUAUCAAGAACGCCGCGCAUGGGCAAUCAAGUUGGCGGAGGAAUGUGCUCGCCUCAAUUCCGAGGCUAUGGCUCGAUACGAUGAGAUGGAUGUCAUGAUCAAGUGCUUGGACGCCGCCGUUGCAAACCUCGAGAUCAGUGUCAAGCAGAUUGAGCCCAAGUACCACGAGCUGAAGAAAUGGGUAGAACCCGCCUUGGCAGAACACGAGAACCUGGCUUCCAUGUGGGAACCACAUAUUCGGCUUGCUCGAAACACCCCUAUCUCGCCCGUCAUGGUCAAGUUCAUGACUCAAGGGAAAGUGACCAAGGGGAGCGUCACCUUGGAGGACCUUAUUGAGCCAGAGACGGCUAGGAAGGCUGCAAAACUUGCACCUACGGCUCGCCGUAGGUUUGUCGAGAAGGCUGCCACGUUGGACAAACUGGCGUCUCAAAUGUAUCAGGGUUUAGAGGAGCUCAUUGCAGACUUUGACAAGAUUAUGAAUCGUUCGGCUUUGGGUCACAGCACUGACACGGCUCAACUACUCGAUGAUAUCGAAGCCGUGGUUAACCAGAUUGACUCAGACUAUCGCACAGCCCUGGGGUAUAGCGGCUCCCAGAGAGACCUCGCACAGGCAUCCAAAACAGCAUCAAAUCAUACCGAACGACUUGUCCCAUCUCUGAAGAAGAGAGCUAAGGAAAUGGACGACUUGGUACAGUACGCCACACUGGCUCGAAAUUCUAUUGCCUCGGAAUCAGUUAGCUGCAUGCGGACUAUUACCGAUGUAACCUCCCUACAUAGCAAUUUGCGAAGCCAGAUCAACGUUCUAAACCAGUCCGAAGACGACAUGACCACCUUUGAUUACCUCCGACUUAUUCAUCAGCUCCCAUAUAUGUAUGCAUCGUUCGUUGUCGAGGCUAUUCGUCGACGUGAAUGGGUUGACAAGGUCAAAACCGACUCUUCCACACUUGCCAACGAAAUGGCGCUGUUCCAGGAUGAGGAGUCAAAAAGGCGAAGGAAAUGGCAUAAGAUGGUGGGAAGCAUGUACGGACCGGCCUUGGAUUCGCACGUCAUUGGCCUUGAGGUGAACCUUCUGGGAGAAGACUUGCCCUGGCCGUCAAUAAACAAGGAUGAUUUGAACACGUUCCUCCAGACCCUCCAAGAACAAGAAACAGAUCAAGCCAUUCUCAAAGACAUCGAAAAGCUCGUUCAAGAACUCAACAGUCCCACAAAGCAGCAGUCAAGACGGCUCAAGGCAUUUAAGAAUGGCAGUGUCCACGAAGCGGCUCUAGGCAGAAGUGGGCUUAUGAUUCGUGGGGAUGAUGAUCUUCUUCGCUCCUUGCAAGACGACAAGUGCAAGAUGGAAAGCAAGCUGAGGACGGCCGAAAGCAGAGUCAGACGUCUGGAGGACUUGCUCCAUAGGCAAAGCCAAGCAUCCCGGCCCAGUAACUUGUUUCAGCCUCAGAAUCAGCAGCCGCACGAGCGGCGAGAUUCAAGUUCGUCUGUCAGGUCGAAUCGACUAGAUGAUCGUCGGCGAUCCUCCGAUGGAGCUGACCCUCUUCUACGAAGAAUUACCCAGCUAGAGAAUGAGCUUCGAGAGGAGAAGCAGAAGUCGACGCGCAUCCAGAAAGAUCUCAGCAGCCGAGCAACAGAGCACGACGACAUGAAGGACCAGAUCCAAGAAGCUAAUUCUACCAAAAAAGACCUGCUUGGAAACAUGGAGGCUUUGAAGCGCGAGUUCAUGGAGGAAAGAAAAUCUUUAGAGGACGAAAUCAAGAUGCUAAAGGCUCGUCUGGAAGAAAAUGAAGAUGAGAUGGAACACUUUGACGCGUCUCGCGAGAAUGAGAAGGCUGCAUUCGACGGGAAGAUUCAAGAGUUCGAAUCAAAAAUCGAAAAGUUGGCCAAGGAGAGGACAGAUGAGGCUUUGAAAGCUCAGGGUCAGGUCGAGUACCUUCGGAAAGAAGCGCAAAAGCAUCGUGAACAGCUAGACACAUCGAUACGGCAGGCACAAGAAGCCAAUGAGGAAAUAGCCACACUAUCAAAGAAGCUCCGGGAAGCAGAAGAACUCAACCAAAGUCAACUAGAUUCACUCCACAAGAUCCACGUCGAAUUAUGUCCCGAAGAAGCUGCUCCUACUGAUUUGUCAGAUCUGACGGAGUCGUCUCUGUCCCGCAUUGCAAACCUGGCAGCACAAUUGCGGGACACUGAAAGUGAUUCGGCUAUGGCCAAGGCGGAUCUAGAGCAUGCGUUGACAUCCGUCAAGGGGUUGAAGGCAGAGAUAAGUGACACAAAGGCGAAGCUCGCCACGGAAGAAGACGGCGCGGUGCAAUUGCGCGAGGUUGUGUCGGAGGAGAAAUCUAGGGUGGUUGCUCUUGAGAAUGAGCUCACAGCCGCCCGGGAUGACCUCAGUCAACUACGAGCGAAGUUGUCCGCCGGCGAAACAGGUUCUGAAACGCUACAGAAAAAGCUUGAAUCAGCGGAGAAGAAGGUUAGCCAACUGACUGAAGACCUGGCAUCUCGUCAGUCCCAAGUUGGCAGUCUGGAGGAAGAACUCCACUCCAUCAAGCAAAGAAUGGAAGACAUGCAAACCAAGUCUUCGGACUUGACCGCGCACUAUGAUGCAAGAGAUACGCGAACCAAGGACCUCACACAGAGACUCUACGCUCAGAGCGAACGUCUCACACGCCUUCUCGAACGUUGCGGAUACGUUGUUGCGAGAAAGCCAGGGGAGAUGACCAUCACCAAAGUUGUACGAUCGGACCGGACUACUCAGAACCCCAACGAUUCUUCGGAUCCUGGGAAUUCCAUACGUCGUUCCAUCAGCCUGGGCACUAAGUCGAUGGUGGAUAGUGCGGAUCUGGAAUUGAUGUAUUGGAUGAAUGCGAGCGACGCAGCUGCUGAGUCGGAGAAAUACUGCGCAUUCGUAGAAAAACUUGGGUCCUUUGACAUAGAAGUCUUCUCCGAAACAAUUUACAUGAGAAUCAAGGAAGCAGAGCACAAGGCUCGGAAGUGGCAACGAGAAGCCAGAGCCUACAGGGAUCGCGCGCAUACUCAGCAGAAAGAUGCGCACGAGAAGAUUGCAUUUAAGAACUUCAAAGAGGGCGAUCUAGCCCUGUUCCUGCCUACGCGUAACCAGCAGGCAGGGGCAUGGGCAGCUUUCAAUGUUGGAUUCCCGCACUACUUCCUCCGUGAAACUGAUGCGCACCGUCUUCGCCAUCGAGAGUGGCUUGUGGCAAGGAUCUCUCGUAUUCAGGAACGUGUAGUUGACCUGUCCAAGAGUCUUCAGCCAGCGAACGAUUCCGAGUCUAUCAACGACGAUGAGAAUGACAACCCCUUCCAGCUAUCAGAUGGCCUACGAUGGUAUCUCAUCGAUGCACAGGAAGAUAAGCCUGGCGCACCAUCAACACCCGGAAUGGGCAAAUCAACCGUUGCUUCCAAUAAAGUUGAAGCAACGGCCGACAUUCAGUCCCUUCCGAUGAAGGCCAAGGGCAAGAAUCGAGACAGCAUCGCGAGCAUUGAGGGGAUCAAUAAGAGCCUUUCAAAGAGUUUGGAGAGCAGACGUAGCAGCUCUGGAUCGAAGAAGGCUCUGCCGUUCCCAACAGCUGGCGGGACAGCAUUGCUGAAGAGUAGUGCCUUGGCCAGUGAAACAAACUCCCUCCGAGCCGUUGCACCAGAUUCCCCAGCCGGAACGAGUCCCGUGCAAGCAGGAGCUGGACCAUUGUCAAACGGCCCAUUUCAAGCUAGCAGCUCUGAAAAUAUGACGAGCACGGAGACACAAAAGGACACGUCUGGCAAUGAGGGAGGCGGUCUACAGCCUAGAGAGUCGUCAGCACAGGGAGCCGCAGGAAGUUCUUCCGAGGUACGAAAUGUCGACUCCCUGCUAGGCCCGUAA